AGCGGGAUGUGCGAGUGGGGGCGGGGGGGAUGAAAUGCAUAUGCGGCUCGGGAGAGGAGAGCUGGCCUGGCGGUAGCGAGCAGGACUGGUCCCCUUUGCUAAGCAGGACUCGCCCUGGUUUGCAUUUGGAUGGGACACUACAGAUUCAUAAAGUCUACAUUGCAGCUGUUCAGGGUUGCCAACUUUCUUUUCUGGAAGGACUCCUCUGCCUUUAACACUGUGCAUCAGGCCAAAAGAAUUGGGUGAGACUUUUCCCAUCAAGACCCCUGGAGGCAGACUCCCCUCCUGUGAAGCUGGGUCCCCCCAGAGUCUAAUGGGAGGUGGCUUCUUUUCUCUCCUCCUUGCCUGGCUUCUCCGUCCCAAGAGCCUGCAGCUGCUCAUUCCAGCCAGAGAGUAUGAGAAACAACAGAUCUUCCAAGUGACACACGCCGGCAACAGGUCCAUCAUCUCAGCUGGUAAAGGGGUAAGAAUGUCUAACAACAUGGCCAAGAUCGCAGAAGCCCGCAAGACAGUGGAGCAGCUUAAACUGGAAGUGAACAUCGACCGCAUGAAAGUAUCCAAGGCAGCAGCUGACUUGCUAGCUUACUGCGAAGCCCAUGCCAAGGAGGACCCACUGGUGACGCCGGUGCCCUCUGCAGAAAACCCCUUCCGGGAGAAACGGCUCUUUUGCAUAGUGCUGUGAGCCUGGGAGUGGGCGGGGACACAGCAAGCCCCUCCUACUUCCGGGCCAUAGGUGGCAGUGGGCAGGGCUGCCUUGUGUGUCCAUUUGAAAAGGUUUUCAGCACUGAGCAGCAGAUGGUAGAAUUUGGGGUUAAAUGUGAGUGUCGGUGUGAACAAGCUUUAUGUGUGUUGUACAGAAGCUUCUAUUAGUAGUUCUGCCUGGUUUUGAUGGGGGAGAGAGAGAGAACCAUUUUAACACUGAUACACACACCCCCAUCCCAAAAUCCUGGGAAUUCCCAAGCUUGAGUCCCCAGAUGUUAGACUACAGCUCCCAUCACCCCUUCAGUCACUGCAGCUCAGGAUGAUGGGAGUUGUAGUCCAACAUCAUCAUCACUACAGCCCCAUUCUAACUUCUCUUUCCACACACCCCUCUCUCUGCGUCUGUCCAUCCUACACACAACCUGGACAGUGUGUGUUCUAUUCAGAAUUCAGCAGCUAGAAUAUCUCAGCGUUCAUUAAUUCAAAAUUUUUUAAAAAGGAAGUUACUAGCCCUCAUUGUUGUAGAGGUAAGCUUGAACUGGUAGUAGUGAAAUUUCACAAGCCAGAACAGAAGGACCCACCAUUUCACCCUCUGUCUUAAUGGCUGGCCAUUGGAGCAAGGAUGCCGUGUGGGGCAGAAGAGGGCAGCCGCCAUACAGAGUUUCCCAACCAACUGUAGCAGUGCAGCAGGAAACUGUCGUUUUUGACACCCUCUCCUUCCCCAGGAAGCCCUCUGUGCCACCCCAAAAUAUGUCCCCAAGGGCUGUGCAGCCAUUAGGGACCUAUUUGGAGGUGUCACAGGCUUCCUAAGGAAGGGCAUAAAAAAUUGCAGCUCGUGCAGUUAGUCAGGAGGUUCUGUUGAGCGGCUUCGUAGCUUGCACUGAAUGCCAGCCACGCUUGUGCUGUUGUAACAAAAUGCGAAUAGACAUGGUAAUGCUUGUUCAAAUUGGCUGCUUAACAUUCCUAACAUGUCUCCAGCUUCCUUUCUGUGCCCGGGGAAGGCGCCUAGCUUUGUGCCAUGUCAGGAGGAAUCGCUCUUCGGGUGUGAUGAAUAGAGGAGCUGAGUUGCUUUUCUGCUCCUCUAGAAGCAUAAUUCAGUGGUGAAUCUGGUGAAGCUGCAGUUCCCAGGCCAAUGCUAAACGAUGCCAGUGCUAUUCUCUGCCUGACCUGCUGCCCUCACUAAGCCCCCAAACAAACUGGUUUCUGGCUGAACAUUUCCCACCCUGGAAACAUUGCUAAUUAUUCUGAAAAUAAAACAGAACAUAAUGUUGUUUGAAUAAGUGUCCGUAUGAUACAUACAUAACCUGUGCCAGCUCUGUGUCCUUGUUCAGGCUUCUCCAACCGGCUGGAGGGAUAUGGAGGUGGGGAGAAAAAGUGGGCAUGGGAACAACAUACAGAAGGAAACCCACUCCAGACUUCUUUGCAUUGACGGUUUCAAUAAAUGUUUUGUGAUUCUU